CCGUCUGGUUAAUACCGUCUACCUUUAAUGGCAGCGUCCAUGCACUGUUUGUAAAAUUUGCCCGGCGGAAGAAAAUCCUCAAAGAUAAUGGAAAACAAUCACCCGGAUACCUUCCUUUUCACUUCAGAAUCCGUUGGUGAAGGCCAUCCAGAUAAAUUAUGUGAUCAAGUGAGUGAUGCAGUGUUAGAUGCCUGUUUACAACAAGAUCCUUACACUCAACUCAACUGUGAAUGUUUAACGAAGACUGGUAUGGUGUUUGUGAUGGGAGAAUUAUUGUCGAAUGCUAACAUUGAUUAUCAGAGAGUUGUUAGGUCGACGGUAGAACAUAUUGGUUAUAGUAGUUCUGAUAGUGGUUUUGAUCAUAAAACGUGUAACGUUCUUCUGUCAAUGAAUGAAAAUAAACGUGGAGAAUCUUGUAAAAGUCUAGAUGAAAAUACUCCUGCCAGUGAUCAGGGUUUAAUGUUUGGUUAUGCUACAGAUGAAACAGAAGAAUGUAUGCCAUUAACAGUUGUACUAUCACAUCAACUUAAUGCUAAAAUAGCUCAAUUACGUCGUGAUGGGGGUUUACCAUGGGCAAGACCAGACUCAAAAACACAGGUAACAGUUGAAUAUAAGAAAGUACACAACGCUAUGGUACCUGUACAUGUACAUACGGUAGUUAUCUCCCUUCAGCAUGAUGAACAUGUAACCAUGGAAACACUACGUCAAGAAUUACGUAAUAAAGUUAUAAAUACUGUGAUACCUAGUAGAUAUCUAACAGAUGAAACAAUCUACCAUAUUCAACCCUCCGGAAGAUUUAUUAUAGGUGGACCUCAGAGUGAUGCUGGUUUAACUGGUAGGAAAGUUAUAGUUGAUUCGUAUGGAGGAUGGGGCGCAAAUGGUGGAGGUGCCUUGUCGGGUAAAGAUGGUACCAAGAUAGAUAGAUGUGCCUCGUAUGGUGCCAGAUGGAUGGCCAAAUCUCUCGUCAAAGCUGGUCUUUGUAAACAAGUUUUAGUUCAGUUAGCGUAUUCUAUUGGUGUAGCCGAACCUGUUAGUGUAACUGUUUUUAGUUAUGGAACUGGUGUUAGACCCGAUGCUGAGUUGUUGAAUAUUUUAUACAAGAAUUUUGAUAUGAGACCAGCUCAAUUUGUCAAAGAUUUAGAUCUACGCAGACCAAUAUAUUUUAAAACAUCGUGUUACGGACAUUUUGGAAGAGAAGAAUUUCCGUGGGAGAAACCCAAGACCCUUACAUUAUAGAAUCAUCACAAUCCAAGAUCUGUUUUAAAUCUCACGGAAAAAUUCACAAAUUCAUCGUUUUUGGAAACAUAAUCAUAUAUAUUUUUUACUCGGCAUUAGAAUUACUCAGAUUUGAAACUUUUAUGUUUUUCCUAUUGAAUAGUUAAAAUCUAGGUUUAAGCAUGGACCUAAAAAUACAUUAUAAAAAAGAUCCAUAGUAUAAGUGAAAAGAAAAAAACUAUUUUCAAAUUCAUAUUUUCAGCUGAGCCCCAGCAACAUGGCGUUCGGUUUCCCAUUACUGUUCCUAUUCCUUCUUUCAAUAUGCUAUAGAUCUAAUGUCUUAAAUCCUGUUGAUCGGUGUUCGAAAUUGUUACGUUUGAACUGUUGUAAGAAGAUGUUUAGGCACCGAGCGCAAGCAGUUCUAGAAAUCGGCUGAUACAUUCCUAAUCUCGAAUUCAUUGGGCCUUGAUAAAUGGUAUGUUAAAAGAUUUCAAAAAUUAAAAUAUUUUGCUAAAAGUUUUUGAGAAGAGCAUCCUAGUAUCUUUGGGUUUUUUAAAUUAUUAUCUUUCCCGCCAAGACAUAAGAAGCAAUAUUUUAAAAGGUCUUUCUGAAGAAAAAAAUCUCAAUUUGGGGUAGCCUAAAGUUUAGGCCGUAAACUGAGGGUUAGAUAUAUUUUAUUUUAUAAUGUUGAGAUUAGUAAACAUAUCAUAUGAAUUAUUGUGUAUUGUUUAUGUCUUCUGCUUAUUUUCUUGGCACGUUCUGCAUAUUAUUUUGGCGCCUUUUGCAUCUUAUCUUGGCCUUCAUCUCGGGAAGCCCUGUCGGCUCAGUGUAUAAUGCAUUGACUUGCUAACCAGAAGGUCAUGGGUUCAUUCCAUGUUGGUUGAGAACGGUGCAGACCAAAGUGUCUAGUUGUUCGAACAAUAUGAUAAACCAAGGUCCCGUGUAAACAUUGGCUUGCGCAUAAAAGAACCCUUGACAGUUGAAAUAAUGGACUAUACAUUGUCUCUUGCCAGGCCCUCCGUGCCACACCACUGACAAGGAGGAACCAUGCCGGAAUACCCCUAGAACUGUUUCUACCAACACAGUGAACAAACAGGCUAGCAAGCCAACAUCCUACUCACUGAGCCAACAUGUCUCCCAUCCCCGAACAGGGUUAGUAUACCUACAAGAAAGGUCAAGAUAUGUGCUGUGCAUAUCUGGAGGAGAUGAAAUCUACAAGUAAAAAUAUAUUAUUUUAAGAUAUAAUAAUCCUUUAUUUAUCGUUGAAUUUAAUUCAAGUUUUACAACUUUAAACGUUUGGUGCAUGUUUAAUUAUUAUCGUAUAAUUUUACCUGUUUAUUUAUUAUGUUAUUAAUGAAAGCUGUUUAAUUAUAACAGGUGUUAAGUUAUAAUGCUAUGUUAUUUAUAGUGUUACUAAUAAAUGUUUAAUUAUAAGGAUAAUCUGUCUAUAACUGUUUAAUUAUAAUGCUAUACACGUGUAAUCUGAUCUGAUACCGUUGACUAAUGAAGCUAGGCCUUUUAGUAAUGACAAGUUUUGUCAUUAAAUCAUAUAAGUGGUCAAUAUUCUAAACUAAUGUUUAGUAUGUAUAGAAAGUGGUUAGAAUUUCUAACUAGCUGUAAAGGAUGUCACUACUUGUGCAAAAGCGUGAGGAAUUAUAGCACUCAUCACUAUUGAAUACACAAACCUGGACAAUAGUGGUGUAUAUCAUUCAAUAGUCACAGUUUUAACACCUUAGUGGCAAAACACCUACUUAAUGACUACUGCUUGAUUACUAACAAUUUUAACUAACUAAUACACAUCAUGUAUAUAAACUAAUGACUUUGAUCUAUUAGUGUCGUAUAUUUUCAUUUAUAACAGUUAUUUGUUGCUUGAUAUCAAUGUUACAGUGAUAUUAAACAGCCAACUUCUUAUAAGGCUAUAUUAUCCAUAGUAUUAAUGCCAACUGUUUAUAUCUAUAGCUGUUUAAUUAUAAUGCUAUAUUAUCUAAAGUAUUAAUAACAGCUGUUUGAUUAUGUAUUGUUUAAUGGUUGAGAGCGAGACAUUAAAAUAUAUUGAUACUGCAUGAGGCGUUAGCCGAGUGUUGUUUCAAUAUAUUACGCAAUGUCUUUAGCUCGAGACCAUUAAACAGCUUAAAAUACAGACACUAUCCCAAAAACGUCACGCGAGUCCAAUAUUUCAUCUAGUAUAGAUAAUGUACGAUUGACAAGUUGCCCAUACAUUAUUGGAAAUAAUGGUACACCAACAUUAAAGGAUAUUGUCACAGCAUUUUCAGACUUAAGUUAAGAAUUUACACAAAAUUGUUUGUCUUAUUUUAACUAAAAUAUAGCCCUUUAUAAGACUUUUGUUGUUUUAAUGUAUCAAAUACAUCAAUAAGAAACUAUGUGCAAAGUUUUGUGUUUCUGGAUCAAAGAUAUUUCUCAUAAACAGUGAUUGAAAGUUGAGUAAUUUCUUAACUUAAACAUACAUUAUGCAAGAGCCUUUCUUUAGGCCUAAAAUGUUAUAUAAAUUAUUAAUUAGACAUUUAUGAACAUGAAAAGACCAUAAUCAACUCUCGAUGUCAUCACUAGCCUGCGAUGUUUACUGGAUUGAGAAUGCGUUGUUUACUCGGGGCCUGGUUACUAUGAUAUUUAUUUAACGAUAUAUUAUUUCAGAGCUUGGAACAAAGAACUUAUUUUAUUUUAGGAGCCAUAUAUCUCUGAUCUCGUGUGUAUUAAUCUCCUCUACAAAUUCUGAUAUUUUACCGUGUAUAUCUUUAUUGUUGUUUUUCAUUUAUUUGUUAUUAUGGGGGUGUUUUGGGUCUUUUAUUUUAGCUUUGCGUUACACUGUGUGAAGCACAUAUUGUUAUAUUAUACUAAUAUUUGUCACUGUUGUUUGUCUGCUUGUUCAGGGUUGGCGGCUACUCUAGGGCUGUCCUGGGGCUGAAAUUUGGUGUAUAAGUGUAGCUCAGACCAGGGAGGAACUUGGGCCAGGUUUGCGCUGGACUGCUGCUUCCAGUUUUCGUCUGCUAGUAUUCUACCCAGUGUCUGAUUUACCAGGUAGGGUCGCCUGUCCAACCUCGUGGGGGUUUUUUCCGGGUCCUCCGGUUUCCUCCCGCUGCUAAAGACCCCUACAUGCAAGCUAAUUAUUGAAAUAAAAUUGAACCAUAUGUUAGUCCCGAAAUGACCUAGUUUGUGUCAAGUAGAGUUAAACCCCAUCUCUCUCUCUCUCUCUCUCUGCUUAAGCAAAAGGUCCUGAAGAUCAGAGGAGCCUCAUCUUCCCUCAUAAUUCCAAAAUUUGCAAUAAAAUUGUUGAAAAUAAUGAUGGGAUUAGUUGAGACUAGAUGAGAUUAGUUGAUACUAGAUGAGAUUAGUUGAUAUUAGAUGAGAUUAGUUGAGACUAGAUGAGAUUAGUUGAUACUAGAUGAGAUUAGUUGAUACUAGAUGGGAUUAGUUGAUACUAGAUGGGAUUAGUUAAGACUAGAUGGAAUUGGUUGAGAUUCGAUGGAAUUGGUUGGCAUUAUGUGGAAAUUUUUUGUUUCAUUUUACAAUACUCCUUUAAAGUGUUUGGAUUCCCAGUUUGUUUUUACAUGAUUAUUUAUGUUUAGAAAUACUCUGUUGUUAUUAACAGAUAGAUUAAAAUUUAAGAGAAGUUUGUAAGAAAUAGAAAUGUCUGUAGAUCAGACAUGUUGACAUAGUUUAAUGUUAAAAUUCUUUAAGCUUAUAUCACUCCUGUCAAGACAUGACCACAACAUGGCAGUCUUGGGUUCAAUUGGAUUAAAACACAGAUCCUAUUUCAUUUUUACAAGGACAGCUGUCUAGUCGUUUGGAUGGGACGAAAACCGAGGUCUCGAUUACACAUUGGCUUGUAAGUAAAAGAUCCCUUGACAGUUGGAAUUCGAUAUAAGAGUAGGCUGUAGUGCCGCUGUCCGGGCAAAAUUUCCCUCAUAGCAGAAUGUAUGGCGUAUGCCCAGUUCAGAGUAGAACAGUAGGACGUUAAACCCCAUUUCAUUUCCUAUAGUUAAAAAUUUUGUUUUACUUGCCUUUACUACACUAGGAUCUGGAAGAGUUGUUAUAUAACCUGCGUUCUGGAUAUGUGAGGGUUUAGCCAAUGAAACGAUUUGUUAUGGUGAGUUUUUGCCAUGAGUUGCACAGAACUAUGGGUAACCCACUAGAAACAUCAACGCUAAUUGGUAAAUCAAAUUUUUGACGUCAUAGGAUCAAAAGCCGCUCGUAUGAUCUCUGAUGCGACCUAUUGCUAGAACCGGUAAGAGCUUCAUGUAGUGUAGGCUAUUGAAAGUAUAAAAAAACGAAACAAAAUAUAGAUCUGUAUUUUAAUCAGAUUGUCAACAUGGCAGUCUCGGGGUCAAAGCCCUCAACAUGGCAGUCUCAGGUUCAAACCCCUCAACAUGGCAGUCACGGGUUCAAACCCCUCAACAUGGCAGUCUCGGGUUCAACCCCCUCAACAUGGCAGUCUCGGGUUCAAACCCCUCAACAUGGCAGUCACGGGUUCAACCCCCUCAAUAUGGCAGUCUUGGGUUCAACCCCCUCAACAUGGCAGUCACGGGUUCAAACCCCUCAACAUGGCAGUCUCGGGUUCAAACCCCUCAACAUGGCAGUCACGGGUUCAAACCCCUCAACAUGGCAGUCUCGGGUUCAAACCCCUCAACAUGGCAGUCUCGGGUUCAACCCCCUCAAUAUGGCAGUCUUGGGUUCAACCCCAUUGUUAGUCGAGAAAGUUCCUCAGGACUUGCCAGUAUGGUCAUGUGACUUGCCAGUAUGGUCAUGUGACUUGCCAGUAUGGUCAUGUGUGACGGAAUGUCUAGUGGUUGGAAUGACACGAAUAACCCGAGGUCGACCGGAAAUCAUUGGCAUCACAUUAUGGAAUCUCUGACAAUUGAAUCUCAAAGCAAGAUUUGAUAGUAGUGCUGCUGUUGGGGCAAAAUUCCCCUCAUAGCACACUACAUGGGAUAAGCCCAUGUCCAUUGGUUCCGAAAACUAGGGUUGUUAAAAUCCAUUUCAUUUCUUUUAUUAAGUGAUUGAGCAGCGUGUUUUUUGCUUCUUUUUUUUUUAGCUCUUGGGUGAAAUCCAUUAACACUGCCUUUACUAAAUAUUUUGUUUGCUUUUGUUUAUUAUUUACUUGUUUAAGAAUACAUUUAUGGUUGAUCAAAUAUUUUACAAUACAUUCAGAUGUUGUCUGUCUGUUUUAUUAUUAUAUGAACAUUGAAAUAAAUAGAGGUUUUAUUUUGAA